UCCAUACGCGUUAAUGGCCGCGAGAUGCUCACAGCAGGCCGUGCAGGCCUGUGGGUCGGUGCGGCGGCACCCGCCCGUUACGUGCUACAUGGGGGACGUGUCCUGGGCUCUGCCUGCUGCCGCUCUGCCUGCGACCAGUCGCAACGCAGCGAGCAGUAACAGCAGUAACCCUGCUGAUAACCCUAUCGCCAACGUGACGCUGACCAUUACAGUGACAGCGUCCGCGGCGGUCGCACAGCCGUGUCGGCUCUGUGGGGGCUUUGAGCAGUUACCCUAUCAGGUGUUACAGGCAACCGUUCGGCUCACGGCCGUGCUUGUGCCAGUUGGCCUCAAGCAGCCGCAGCCAGGCCAGCCGCUACAGGAGCAGGCUCUUUCUGGCGCCGCUACAGCUGUUGGUUCCGCUACAGCCGCGUCCGCAGCGCCUGUAGCGCCUGUAGCGCCUGUAGCGUCCGCGCCGACAUUGGUGGUGUUGUUUGUGCGCAGGCCAAGGGGCGUGGCGAAGGUGGGGCGUGCGCGCUUCUCGUGGCACGCGCUGGAGAUGACAGGCGUGCACUCGCCUGCCCGCUGUGACGCCUGCACCUUCCUCUGCAAGGUGCGGCCCCCCUCCUGCACUCGGUACCUCUGUAAAGGUACCUCUGCAAGCCCCCUCUCCCCGUCCCCCCUCCCGCACCUGCCUCUGCAAGGUGCGUCCCCACCUCCCCCCCUGUCCCGCUAUCUGCAUGCUGCGUCUUCGUCCCCCCUGCCCUCCCGUCUGCAAGGUCCGUCCCACCCUGCCCUUGCCCCGGCUAGACGCCAUUCCCUCCUCUCUCAGUACCCCGUGUCUCCCCACCUCUUUUUGAGUCGACUAAAAAACAAGGUCCGUCCCCCCCGCCCUUACCCCGGCUCAUCGCCAUUCCCUCCUCCCUCACUACCCCGUGUCUCCCCACCUCUUCCACUUUUCUCCUUCUCUUUUUCGCUUCACAUCGCUGCAAUGCGUGCUCUCCUCGGGGGACAAAGCAUGUGGGGUCAUGUCAAAGCAUGUGGGCUCCCCUUACCCUGCCAUUCCUCCCCUCCCUGUCCUCCCACACCUCCCUCCCCCUCCGCCUCCCCGCCCGCCUCCCCGUCUGUCUCCCCAUCCUCCCCACCCGUCAACCCCCCAUCCGCAGCUGGACUCGCUCCCAAGCUUCCCCUGUCCGCGGGGUGGUUCACAGCGCGCGGGCUCAUGGACGGUCCCCACCGCUUCACAGUCACCGCGCUCAGGGGAGCGCCGGGGGUCACUGGCACCCGCCCCGCCUGCACCUGUGAACCCACGCACAAGCUCAUCCCCUUCUCCUCCCCUUACUCCUCUCCCCGUCCGCUCACAGCUGGACGCCCUCCCCAGCUUCCCCUGUCCGAGGGGGUGCUGGACGCCCUCCACAGCUUCCCCUGUCCCCAGGGGUGGUUCACAGCACGCGGGCUGACGGACGGCCCCCACCGCUUCACCAUUCAACCGCUCUCCUACCUCCUCCUCUGCCCCUCUCCGCCCCCCCCAGCUGGACGCCCUCCCCAGCUUCCCCUGCCCGCGCGGGUGGUUCACAGCAGCCGGCCUCACGGACGGUCCCAACCGCUUCACAGUCACCGCGCUCAGGGGCGCGCCGGGGUCACUGGCACCCGCCUGCAGGCCGCCACUGCUGAUGUUGGGAUGGGCGGAGAGUGGGGAGGAGGGGUGGAAGGGGGAGGGGGAGGGGGAGGGGGAGGAAGAGGAGGGGCGCAGGUGGAGGCGCAAGCACAGGCCACAUAUGAAUGGGUCGCUGACGCGGCCAGUCCAGUGCCAACGCUAACAGUGGACCCGCCACAGGCAAGGGAGGGGUCGGUGCAGAUCAGCAUCGCCUUUGACAAGCCCUGCCUGGGCCUGCAGUGCAACUCCACCGAAACCUCGCCCUCUGAAAUGCACUUCUCUGCUCCUUCCUUUCCCUUUCCCCUUGCUUCCAAUCCCGUGGUUCCCAUCCCAUCAAAAGCGGCCAGUCCGGUGCCAACGCUAACAGUGGACCCGCCACAGGCAAGGGAGGGGUCGGCGCAGAUCAGCAUCGCCUUUGACAAGCCCUGCCCGGGCCUGCAGUGCAACUCCACCGAAAUCUCGCCCUCUGAAAUGCACUUCUCUGCUCCUUCCUUUCCCUUUCCCCUUGCUUCCAAUCACGUGGUUCCCAUCAAAAGCGGCCAGUCCGGUGCCAACGCUAACAGUGGACCCGCCACAGGCAAGGGAGGGGUCGGUGCAGGCAUCACCACAGGGCAAAGUCAGGUGCAGGCAUCACCGCAGGGCAUAACCGCGCCCCUCUGGAGCCAUCUCACCUGUGACGACGACCCUUGGCAGUGGUCAAGUUCUUCACACAGCUCAGAGCCACGCAGCAAGCAGCCGGCCUCUAAACCCCCUUUUCCCCCUCCCCACCCUCUUCCCAGACCGCGCCCCUCUGAGGACCACUCUCACCUGCAACACGCCCUUGGCAGUGGUCAAGUUCUUCACACAGCUCAGCUCAGAGCAGGCCGCGGACCGCGCCCCUCUGGAGGCCACUCUCACCUGCGACACGCCUUGGCGGUGGUCAAGUUCUUCACACAGCUCAGAGCCACGCCACGAGUCUCCCAGUCGCCCGUGACGUGUCGGGUGCUCUUCUCCAAGCCCGUCUCUUCCUUCCCCUCCUCGUCCCUCGCUAUCGCCAACGCCACCGCCAGCAACCCCCAAUCUGUCUCCGACCUGGAGUACCGAGUUCCAGGCUCAGUGGUGGUGGACAUACGGCAUGAGAAUGUCACCGAUGUUGCUGGGAACAUCUGCCAGCCCACACAGCCCUUCUUCUUCUUCUUCUUCUUUGACACCACACCCCCUACGGUGCAGCUGAGCGGGAGCGAGACCAGCGCCACAACAGACUGGGUCUACCCCAUCCUCGUCGCCUUCUCACCAUCUCUCCUUCCUCUCUACCAUGCAGCUCUCAGCCCCCACUUUUCCCUCUCCCGCUUCCGUUUCGCCACUAUUCUGCCCUUCAACCACCAGACACCACGCGCCCAACGGUGCAGCUGA